AUGGCAUUGGGAAUGUCACCUUUCAAGAUGGUGUAUGGGAAAUCAUGCCACCUACCUGUGGAGUUAGAGCAUAAGAAAUAUUGGGCUAUCAAUAAGCUUAAUUUUGAUGUACAACUAGCUAGGGAGCAACGAUUACUCAAUCUGAAUGAAAUAGAAGAAUUUAGAUCACAAGUACAUGAAAAUGCUAAGAUUUUCAUGGAAAAAACCAAGAAGUGGCAUGAUCGAAUGCUUUUUCCAAGGCAUUUUCAUAUUGGACAGCAGAUGCUCCUCUUCAACUCCAGGGUGAAGCUUUUUCCUGAUAAACUAAACUCACGAUGGUCCAGACCCUUUGAAGUACACCAUGUCUACCCUCAUGAUGAUGUUGAUAUCAGUAAUAUAUAUGAUGGGACCAUUUCCAAAAUUAACUGUCAACGUCUGAAAGCUUAUCGAGGAGCUCCACCCUUGCGUGACAAAUCGACACUCUUCUUGCAAGGUGCCUGA